UACAAAACCGAGUUUUACGUGAUCAAAACUCAAAACUUCACUCGGUCUGAAACAACACAUUCUGCAAGGAGAUCUGUUAGAACUAAAAGUUUUCAUAAUUCACGUUAAAUUAUCAUAUAGUUUUGAGGCAAGAUGAUGGUUGAAGAUCUAGGAAUCGAAGCGAAAGAGGCGGCAGUUCGCGAGGUUGCGAAGCUGUUGCCGCUUCGAGAGCUUUUGGUAUCUGUUUCUCAAAUCAAGGCGGAUUACAUUGCUCGUCAACAGGCGAAUGACGCACAACUUAGCACCAUGGUGGCCGAACAGGUUGAACAAGCACAAGCUGGUCUAAAAGCACUUGCGUCAUCUGAGAAGGCCGUAAAUCAUCUCCGUGGGAACUUUCUUAACACCGAAAAGUUAUGUAAAGAAUGCCAAACGUUAAUCGACAAUCAUGAUCAGAUUAAGCUUCUUAGCAACGCACGAAAUAACUUAAACACCACAUUAAGGGAUGUAGAGGGGAUGCUGUCAAUUUCCGUUGAAGCUGCUGCAGCGAAGGAUUCUUUAAGUGACGACAAAGAGCUCAUCAACACGUAUGAGCGGUUAACGUCUCUUGAUGGAAAGAGGAGGUUUGCAUUAGCUACUGCAGGAUCUCAUAAAGAAGAGGCCAGCAGACUCAAAGAAUAUUUUGUAGAAGUUGAUCAGACUUGGGAGACAUUUGAGCAGACCUUAUGGUCACAUAUUUCCAACUUUUUUGAACUUGCUAAAGAAAGCCCGGAAACACUUGUGCGUGCUUUAAGGGUUGUUGAAAUGCAAGAAAUUCUUGACGAACAAGUUGCCGAAGAGGCUGCUGAGGCCGAAGGUGACGAGGCAAUGGCAUCUGUAGCAAAUCCGGGAAAAAAAGCUUUUACUGCAAUUGCAUCUACUAAAAAGGCGAAACAGGGAAAAGGCUACAAAGAUAAAUGUUAUGAGCAAUUGACAAAAGCCGUCGAAAAUAGAUUUAGCAAACUUUUAUCGGAACUUGUCUUUGAAAACCUUAAAGGCGCUAUCGAGGAGGCGAAAACGAUUGGACAAGAGUUAGGAGAUAUAUAUGAUCAUGUUGCUCCUUGUUUUCCUCCAAGAUAUGAAAUAUUCCAGCUCAUGGUGAAUUUGUACACGGAGAGGUUUAUUCAGUGGCUAAGGCUGCUGAGUGAUCGCGGUAAUGAUAUUACAAACAUUGAAAUCUUAAAGAUAACUGAAUGGAUAGUUAAGUACCAAGAUAACCUGAUUGAGCUUGGAGUUGACGAGUCGUUAGCUCAAGUUUGUUCGGAAAGUGGUGCAAUGGAUCCUCUAAUGGAUUCAUAUGUUGAGAGAAUGGAGGCAACAACAAGGAAAUGGUAUUUGAAUAUUCUCGAGGCUGAUAAAGUACAACCGCCAAAACUAACAGAUGACGGGAAGCUUUAUACUCCAGCUGCUGUUGACUUAUUUCGAAUCCUCGGAGAACAAGUACAAAUUGUUACAGAAAAUAGCACAGAAGUCAUGUUAUACAGAAUUGCUUUGUCCAUUAAUCAGGUACUGGUUGAUUUUCAAGGAGCGAUGAAAAAGGGACUGGAAGAACCGGCUUCUGAAAUCGGUUUAGAACCAUUAUGUGCCAUGAUUAACAAUAAUCUGCGCUGUUAUGAUCUCGCUAUGGAGCUCGGUUCUAGCAUUAUUGAAUCCCUUUCGGAAAAUUAUGCUGAGCAGGUUGACUUUGAUGACACCUGUAAAGGCUUUCUGGAGGUUGCAAAGGAAGCUAUAAUUCAAACCGUCGUUUUCAUAUUUGAUGAUCCCGGUGCACAGGAAUUACUGGUCAAACUUUAUCAUAAAGAAUGGAGUGAAGGACAGAUUACUGAAUCCUUAGUGGAAACCUUUGAUGAUUAUUUUAAGGAUGUGCAGAUGUUUAUCGAAGAAAGAUCAUAUAAGAAAUUUGUUGAUUCUUGUCUGGAACAAACAGUCAUUUCUUAUGUUGACCAUCUUUUAGCACAGAAAAAUUAUAUCAAGGAGGAUACAAUCGAACGGAUGAUACUUGACGAAGAGGUUCUUAUGGAAUUCUUCAAGAAUCACACUAGUGCUAAAAACGUUGAAAACAGAAUGAGGAUACUGAUUGAUUUGAGAGAGCUUGCAUCAGCCGAGAGCCCAGAUACUUUCACGCUUGUUUACACACAUAUCCUUGAACAUCAACCUGAUUGUCCGCCUGAAGUUGUUGAGAAAGUUGUUUCACUGCGUGAAGGAAUACCACGUAAAGAUGCAAAGGAGGUCGUACGAGAAUGCAAGGAAAUAUAUGAGAGUUCUCUCAUCGAUGGAUAUCCCUCGAGGGCAGGUUUUGUCUUUUCCAAAUUGAAGUCGCUCAACACAUCAAAAAUCACUAAUAUUUUUCGAAAGCUGCAUUAACUCAGUUAGUUGGUGUUAUUUCUGCGAUUUAUCGAAUUCCCACAUGUAUUCAUGCUUAAUUGUCUUUUCUGUCUAAACUAGUAUGUUUUUUUUUUCUGUCGUAGUCGGAUAUUAUAUUUCGAAAUGAUAUGUUUACAAUAAUUUUGCAGUACCAUAAACAUAUAUUCUGUUC